GCGGAUUUGUACUCGAACGAAACCUUUACUUCCAUCCUGCGAAACUUCACAAAAACAAUACCACGGCAUGGCUAAGGGAGGCGGAAAAGGAGCUGGGGCCAAAGCCGCCAAAUCUGCACAUGAAGAACAAGUCAAGGCACAAAAACAGAAAGAUUUGGAGGAUGCCGAGGCAGCUCAAUGGGCCGAUGGAGCCAAAGAAAGCAAAGCUAGUAAAAAAGAGAAAGCAGAAAAGGCUGCAGCUGCCAAAGCUGAGCGAGAGCGCUUGUUAAAGGAAGAAGAGGAACAGGAAGCCAAGAAAACGAGCGCGAAAGCGGCCAAACCAGCAGCGUCCAAGUCAGCGAAAAAGGCACCAGCCGGCCCCUCGUCCUCCGCCGUCCCCGAAUUUUCCGCUCGAAACAUCGAUGACGCAUUGGAUCUGUUGGAUAUUGCAAACGAGAAAUCAGACAAGGCUACCCUGGGCGCCAAAGCAGCCAAAGGGGUCGAUGCGCAUCCCGAAAGGCGUUUCAAGGCGGCUUUUGAGGCUUACAAAGAGAAUGAAUUACCAGUGAUCAGGAAAGAGCAACCGGGACUCAGAUUACAGCAAUACCACGAUCUGUUAUACAAACAGUUCCAGAAGCACCCAGAUAACCCAUUCAACCAGGUUACUGUCUCCUACGAUGCUACGAAGGAGGACAAGGUGACUGCGCUCGAAAACAAGAAGAAGCAUAUUGAAGAAAGAUUGAAAACCAAUUGAUGGUAGGGAUGUUAACUUGGUGUCAUGUCGGGAUGUGGAUGUAACUUGGAAGUUUGAUAGAUCAGUAAUUACCCUGGUUAUAAAUACCCAAAGAUAUCAAAAAAAGUAGAUAUAUUGUAAAAAACAAACCAACAUGAAUUUGGUUCUUCUCAUACCACCCCCACCUUGAAUGAAUAAAUCUGUAUGCCGUCUGAAUUUCGCUCAUCCAGCAACCUAAAAUACAUACCGUGUUGAGCCUGUGUAGUUACCAAGAUUAGUCAACUCAUAUUGACUUUACCAGCGCCAUUCUCUCAUAGAGAUAUUUAUCAGGUGUAUGGCUAUCAUGUUUUGCUGACUUGUUAGGAAUGUAAACCGAUGUCCCAAAUUAGAGUGGAGCAUCUGGAAAUGGAAUGGUUGUUAAAA